AUGCCGAACCCUAUCCGCGAAGACCUCGCCACGGUGGACGAUAGUUCUUCCCCCUAUGUCUUCGAGCAGAAUGUCACGAUUCCCCUGAAAGAUCAAUCUGGCCUUGUGCGCUGCAAUGUUUACCGCCCCAAAGAAUUGGAGAAGGCGCCCGUGCUGGUGACCUACGGCCCCUACGGAAAGGAUAUCCCCUAUGCAGACUUCCACCCUCAGUCGUUUAGUGAAGUCAAUCCAGAGCAUCGCUCAGAGCACUCAGCAUGGGAGACACCCGAUCCCCUUUUCUGGACCCAAAAUGGAUACGUUGUGGUUCGAGCGGACGAGCGGGGAACUGGCCAGUCGCGCGGCAAGCUGGACACCAUGUCUCGCGAGACCAGCGAGGCCUUCUUUGAUGUGGUGGAGUGGGCGGCCGAGCAACCAUGGUCUACAGGAAAAGUCGGCUUGCUUGGUAUUAGCUACUAUGCUGGAAGUCAAUGGCGAGUCAGCGCCCGCCAGCCCAAGGGCUUGAGUUGCAUUAUUCCCUGGGAGGGUAUGUCUGACUACUACCGCGACCGUUGUCGCCACGGCGGUAUUCUUUCCAACAAGUUUAUCAAGUUCUGGUGGGAUCGUCAGGUCGUAUCGAAUCAAUACGGACGCCCCGGUCGAGCAGCACGCAAUUGGGGCCCCGAUACCAUCGAGGGUGAUCUCCCCGAGGAGGAACUGGAGGCCAACCGUCAAGACCAGACGAUCGACAAUGUCAACAACCAUUUCCGGGAUGAUGUAUACUAUGCUAGCAAGGAGUACACCAUGACCGAUAUUCAGGUUCCUCUUCUCUCGGUCGCCAAUUGGGGUGGUAUCCUCCUGCAUCUUCGCGGCAACGUCGAGGGGUACACUCAAGCCGGCAGCGAACUCAAGUACCUGCGCUUCAUCACGGGCCGUCACGAUCUGCCUUUCUACUACAAGGAGGAAGUGGAGGUGCAGCGGAGUUUUCUGGAUGCGUUCCUGAAGGGCGAAGAUCGCGCUGGUUGGGCGGACGGCACUGCUCCCAAGGUUGAUGUGGUUCUCCGCAAGGGCGAUGUCGGUUUCAACAACGCCGAAGCUGAGAAGCAGUACCCACGCCGACAGGAGAACGAGUGGCCUAUCGCACGCACCCAGUAUACUCGUUACUACCUGACUUCGAAACAGGAGCUGGUGACGGAAGCCCCCAAGGAGAGACCGACCAAGGUCACGUACCGUGCUCUAGGUAACCUCGAUGAGCCACAGCUGGUGCAGUUCACAACGGCACCAUUCGAGCAGGAAACGGAAAUCACCGGUCACAUCGUGGCCCACCUCAACGUAUCAAUGAGCCCAGAGCCCGGGCGUCCGACGCCCAGAGACAUCGACCUAUUCCUGACACUGCGUUAUAUCUCCCCGGAGGGCAAAGAGGUCUUCUACACCGGCACCGCAGGGGAUCCGGUCCCUCUCUGCAAAGGCUGGCAGCGAGUCAGUCUGCGCAAGGUCAACGCGGAGCACCCGCGCAACCGGCCUUGGCUGCCCCAUCGCGACUAUUAUUCCACCGAUGUGCUGCCGGUGGUUCCGGGCGAGGUGUACGCGGUGGAUGUGGAGGUGUGGCCGACCAACGUGGUGGUAGAGAAGGGAGGGAAGAUUGUUUUUGAGGUGUCCUCGGGGGAUACGCAGGGGUCCGGUCUGUUCCAGCAUAAUUCGCCUGUCGACCGCCUACCAAACCACCACCACCAACAACCCCUUUCUUUCCUUUUCAACCUCUCAAACCUCGAAAACCAAAAAACACAAGCAACAAUGGCCACUACAACCGCCCCAAGCACCACGGCCCCCAAAAACAUCCGCCCCCUCAACCGCUACAUCACCACCCACUCCCCGACCACGGGCCAAGCGAUCUUCUCGACCGCCCUGCCCGAGACCAUGCCCCUCCAGCAGAUCAACGACUCCGCGGGCGCCCAGUUCUCGCUCGCGUACACCACCGACACGUUCCCCGUGGACCUGACCGCCGACCGCGACAUCCCCGCCUACAACCACUACCUCACCCACCCCCCCGGCAUCACGAUCAGCACGGGCACCGUCUGCCGGAUCGUGGACAUGCCGCCGCACGCGCUGAGCCCCAUGCACCGCACCGUCUCGCUGGACUACGGGGUCGUGCUGGAGGGCGAGGUCGAGUUGGUGCUGGACUCCGGGGAGACGAGGCUGCUGAAGCGCGGGGAUGUGGCCGUCCAGCGCGGCACGAACCACGCGUGGCGGAACGUGACCCCGGAUGCUGUGGGGGCGGAUGGGGGGAGGGUGGAAGGCUGGGCGCGCAUGUUGUAUGUGCUUGCGCCGGCGAGGGGGGAGGGGUUGCUGGAGGAUGUGUCGGGGAUUGAGGUCAGGGGGAGUACUUGA